UAAAAAAAGAGCCCAAAACACUAAACAGAACAAGGCUUGAUCAGGUCAAGUGUGUUGUGUGUUGUUCUGCCUUCAUCAGGUCCAUCUCUAUCUGGCACACAGUGUCUACUGGAAUCUAAAUCACAAACACAUGAAAACAAUUACAUGUUUCCUGCCAGUUUAACCUACUUCUCGCCAUCUACAUGACAAAUACACUCCUUGGCUCAACUAUACGCCUUCUGCUAUAAACACCAGUAACUUUGAUGAUUUAAUUAGAAAUCACAGCAGCACAUCUGAUCACACAUCUUGGUAAUGUUUUUACUGUAACCUUUUAUAAUUGUCCACUUUUCUCCUGGUUACCAUCUGCACUAUGACAAGGAUGCCAAGACUUUAUCUGUUAUCACAAUCUUAUUGUCAUAUGGUUACAAAAGCAGGGCUCUCGAAUUCUGUGGACAAUUUUAAAUUCUGUGGCAAAGUUCUUCUUUUUUACCCAGAUCACUGUUUGACCAUUAUGCUUUCAUCCUCUCAUUUUCUCUUUAGAGCAUUUGUACAAAAGGCUGAAAAUCUAAAAAAAGCUCUUUAUGUGUAUGAUUACCUCCUAUCUGAGCAUGGAGUGAAUCUGCAGGGUCACAUUAUAGAACUACAGGAGGUGGCCAAUGGCAUUGACAAGGUCAAUAAGGGGGUGAAGAUAGCAGGCAUUACCGGGGGAGCUGCAGGGGCAGUAGGAGUUGCAGCCGCUGUUGGAGGUGUCAUACUUGCCCCAGUGACCGCGGGGGUUUCGUUGGCAGUGGCUGCAGUGGGAGUCGGAGUUGCAGCAGCCGGAGGGAUCACUGGAGCCUCAGCUGCCAUCACCAACAAAGUCCACACCAAUAUGGACAGGAAGAAGGUGGAAACAAUCCUAAAAGAUCACUCUACACAAAUAGAGGAAAUUGAGAAGUGUGUAAAGGUCAUCGGCUCUAAUGUAGAAUACCUGAAGAAAUACAACCUUUCCACAAUGAGGGGGGUGGAUUGGCAAGCAGUGAAGGUGGCUCGAAUGGCACAUAACCUUGGAGACAGUGUAGGAGCAAUGGGAGCACUCAGCAAGUCCUCAGGUCUGAUCCAAGGCUUCACGCUGGGUUUGGACAUGUACUUCAACAAAGAAGAUUCGAGGCAACUGAAGAAGGGAUCAGAAACCAAAUUUGCUAAGAAAAUCCGCGAAAUAGCAAAGCAGAUGCAGGCCACCCUUGACGAGCUGAUGAAGUUAAAGUCUGUGGUCGAAUCUGACAUAUAACAUUUGUGCAUUUAGCAGAUAUUUGGGUUAUUUGGGAAUUUUGAAUAUCAAAGAAUUUAGAAUAUUAUUCUUUCGGAGAGCCGGAGAGCAGUGUAACUUAAAUUUGAAUAAAAUGUAUUCAUAAUAAACAUUUGUAGAUGUAUGGUGUAGAUGGGGACUGUGUUGUGUAUUUUGGGAUCUGCAGACAUGUAAAACAUGAUUUGUGUGUACCGUAUAGGGUCGAUUUGGCUAUUCCUAUUCUUAUUAUUAAAGUAUUUUACUAUGGAAUGUUAAUGUAUAGUAUAAAUGCAGCAUUUCAUUGCAAUUAUGUAACUGAUAAUCUCUAAAGAAAAAGUCUGUUUUAUUUCCUGCAUCUGACUGAGGAGAUCAAUCAACAUAGCCUUUUAAAGGUGGAUGAUAUCACUUAUGUACACUUUAAAUAAUGAUUAAACAAAUGUCUGACAUGUAUAAGUCGUAAGUCAUGAGUGGAAAGUCAUGAACUUCUAAAUGCUUUCAUUACAUUUCUUGAGUAACACUAACAUUUUGUAUAUUAUUAAAUAGUACUUUCACCUUAAAAUCUUUUUGAAGUAUUUAUUUUUAUCACGUGUGUGUCCUUUUCCAUUUACAUGACUCUAGUGCCCUUUUUGCCACUUUUGGUUUUUCUGGUCAUAAAAGUGUUGUCAUCCCACUGUUAUUCACCUGAUUGAGCUAAACCAUGUUUUCUUGUUUUAUAGCAUGAAAUCUCUGUAUUUAACUUUAGUGUUUGGUAGUCCUUUACAAAAAAAAAAUUGUAGUUUUCAAGUUUCAAACCCUUCCUGCAUUUUUAUCUUCACCUUAAUAUUUCAGUAUUACUGCUAUACUGCAGAAAUACUGCAAAUAAUAUUAAAUGGCUACUACAGUUAAUAUAGUAGUUGUACUUCAAAUAAAAGAUAUACACAAUUUAAACAGACCUGAAAAAUUACUUACAGUA